AAGUGUACAAAUAUUUGUAAAUCUCAGUCAGUAUCAAAUUGUAUCUACUCUUGAAUUUUGUGUUACGCGAUGAAAUGCCUCACGGAUAAAAAAUAUCGAAAUGCAUUGCUUUUUGUUCUUUUAAUUUGCUUGGAUUAUGUCACAGCUCAACGUGGCAGGGGAAGAGGAAGAGGUCGAGCUAAAACUAGAAUUCUCGGAUUACCAAUCACGGGAAAGUAUCGUGAUCCCGAAAGUGACCAAUAUUACAAUAAUCACAAUGGAGCAAAAAUCAUCAUGGCAUCCCAUUUUGACUAUGAAUACAUUUUAGGCCACAAAAUUGCUUUCUUAUGUGUCGCCAAAGGAAAUCCUCGUCCUCAUAUUACUUGGUACAAAGAUGGAGCAGAAAUUUUCACUCAUAUGUAUUCUCAUGUUCAUGAAUGGUACAUCGGAAGUGAUCGCGUAAAGUCAAAAAUUGAAAUUGAUCCGGCAACGCAAAUGGAUGCAGGCGUAUACGACUGUACUGCCGAUAAUAUGUAUGCCAUUGACCGUAGGAGCUUCAAAACAGACUUUGCAAUCGUGUUUGAUUAAUGGAGGAAUUUAACUAAGCUCAACUGUGUCUAAGUGAAAGGUUUAAUCUAAAUAACGAAAAAACAACAAAAUGUACAAAGCAACUACGUAUUUUGAAACAAAUCGUUUAAUUUUUGUUUCGUCAUAAUUUGGAUAUCAAAAGUGAUAAUUUUUGUUUAAAGAAAGUGUUUGUUUGGUUUGCAUUGUGAAAUAUUUUACAAAAAAAAAAUUAUUAUGAAAU